AUGACUUUUGGUUCUGAAAAUGAGGUUCGUGAGUAUUAUAAGUCUUAUGCCCAAUUUAAAGGUUUUAGCAUUUGUAAGUUAGGAGGAAGAAAUGGUCAAGAUGGAAAACAAAAAUGGUUCUCCAUUGCAUGUGCCAAAAAUGGUGUAUUUACUUCAAAGGGGAAAAAUAGUUUACAAGUUAGACCUUCCACCAAGACGAAUUGUAAGGCUAAGAUAAAUGUUGCUGUUAGGAAUGAAGGUACAUUUGAAAUUACUAGUGUCUUCCAUGAGCAUAACCAUAUUUUGAGCCCGGGAAAGUCGAGACAUCUUAGAUCUCACAAGGUUUUAGAUUCGACUGCGAAGCGAAAAUUGCAAUUAAACGACGAAGCUGGAAUAACUUUGUCAAAAACUUUUCAAUCAUUAGUAGUUGAAGCUGGAAGAUAUGAUAAUAUGACUUUUGAUGAGAGAAGCUGCAGAAAUUAUAUUUCAGAAACAAGGCGGUUACGGUUAGGUAAUGGUGAUGCAGAAGCGUUAUGUCAGUAUUUAUAUCGAAUGCAAAGUAGAUGUUUAAUUUUUUUUUAUGUAUAUGAUGUGGAUGAGGAAAACAGGAUAAGAAAUGUGUUUUGGGCUGAUGGAAGAUGCAGGGCUGCAUACGAGUACUUCUCGGAUGUCAUCACAUUUGACACAACAUAUUUGACAAACUGCUAUGAUAUGUCUUUUGCUCCUUUUGUCGGUGUUAAUCAUCAUGGACAAUCAAUUUUGCUAGAAUGUGGUUUAUUGUCCAGUGAGGAUUCUGAGUCAUUUAUCUGGCUUUUCAAAGCCUGGUUAACAUGUAUGAAUGAACGUGCUCCAAAGGCAAUAAUCACUGACCAAUGUCGAUCAAUUGUCAUUGCAAUUGAAAAGAAUGAGGUGAAAGGUUUGAUGUUCUGCGACACCUCCAUACUUGAAGAAUAUGGGACAACUACUAUAUUUGGAGUAGUGGAGACCAUUUUGGGAACUGAUGGAGAAUAUAUGAGAGAUAUUUCAAUGAAGGUAUAG